AUGGACCUCAAGCUAGCUGAAGUAACAAGAGUGGUCAGAAUAUCCAGGAUCUUUGACCAUAAGGCUAGAGCUAACCACCCGCCAACCCUAAGCAUGGUGAUUGAAGCUCUGAAGGCUCAAAAUGAGAAAAAGGGCACUUCUGUCAUAGCCAUCAAGCGCUACAUCCUUGCCAAGUACCCAGCUGUUGACCCAAUAAGGCUAAAAUACUUGCUGAAGAAGGCCCUGACUAAAGGUCUUGACCAUGGCUACCUGAUCAGACCCCAGAACUCUUUGGCAUUAGGGGCAACUGGAAGGUUCAAGCUAGCAUCAGAAAAGUCCAUGCUUAAAAAAACCUCUAGGAAGAUGGAUCCAGCUGGAGAAAAGGCUCUUAAAUCAGAAAAGAAGGUGGCACAGAAACCCAAAGCCCAGGUGACUGCUGACAAAAAAGCAGGAAGUAAAGACACAAAGGAGGAGAAACCAAAACCUGUGAGCAAGAAACCCAAGGCAAAAUCCACUAACGCCCACCCCAAAGCUCCUGCUAAGCUGAAGACACCCAGUGAUGCUCGAAAUGUUGUGAAAGGUGACAAGAAACCAAGUAUGAAACAGGCACCUCAAGCCAGGGCGGUUGGGACCAAGAAAGCCACCUCCAAAGAGAAGUUGGCCUCAGAGGCAGAGCAUGGAGACAAGAUCAGGACUUCCAAAGCCAAGGGGGCAGCUCCUGGAGCCAUGGGGGCUGCAAAAGCAAAGGUGGCUAAAGGUGAAAAUGGGCCAGCCAAAGCAAAGGCCGCUGGUGGGACAAAGAGAACCACUGCCAAAGGGAAGCCUGAGACAAAGGGCCCUGCGAAAGGCAAGGGGAAGAAGCCUGAGGCAGCCACAGGCUCUCUGCUCAGCAAAGAAAAGGAUGCAAGAGAAGGUAAAGCCUCUAAAACUGGCAGCAAGCUUGGCAAGAAAGCAAACUAG